GCGGGGUCCUGUCUGAAAAAAAGCCAAAGGAAAACGCCGCAGCUACCUCGCCGUUUCGUCCACUUGGUUCCCCGUCGUCUGAGUUCGCCGCCUAGAGCCGAGAUGGGGUUCGUCGGCGACACGGUGGAGUCGAUCCGCUCGAUGCAGAUCCGCCAAGUGAUCUCGCAGAUCAUCAGCCUCGGUAUGAUUGUUACCUCGGCAUUGAUCAUUUGGAAGGGACUGAUUGUUGUGACGGGGAGUGAGUCCCCAGUGGUAGUGGUUCUUUCUGGUAGCAUGGAGCCUGGAUUCAAAAGGGGUGAUAUCCUCUUUUUGCACAUGAGCAAAGAUCCUAUCCGCACAGGAGAAAUAGUUGUUUUUAAUGUUGAUGGUCGUGAAAUUCCAAUUGUUCAUCGUGUGAUUAAGGUCCAUGAGCGUCAGGACACUGCAGAAGUUGACAUCCUCACCAAAGGUGACAAUAAUUUUGGCGAUGACCGACUUUUAUAUGCACAAGGGCAGCUUUGGCUCCAGCAACACCACAUUAUGGGACGUGCUGUAGGCUAUCUUCCAUAUGUCGGGUGGGUUACAAUUAUCAUGACUGAGAAACCAUUUAUUAAGUAUCUGCUGAUCGGCGCACUAGGCUUGCUGGUCAUUACAUCAAAAGAGUAACUAUUUCAAAUAUGAAUUGCUCUUUUGGUGCGAGCAGUGGAGAGCAGUGGCCUAACGGCAUUAAGAGACCCGUUCUGUUUCACCAUGUAUCAAACGAAAGAUUUCUCUAUCUAUUUUGAGGGUAUCUGCCGACUAAUGGGAUAGCCAGUUUCUCAUGUAACAUUCAUCGUCCGAUAGAUCUAGCAAAUGAGUUGAAUCUUUUAUUGCAUUUGAUAAGGGUUACCCUUUUUUGGGGAAAAUUUCUGA